CUUAUAUAUAUCAAUAAAAAAAGGUAAAUUUUUUAAAUAAAAAAAAAUUAAGUAUGAGAUAUAAGAUGGGAUUAAUGUUAUGUACAUCGGAUCCUUCGCUGUGGGUUUUCAAAAUCUCCUAUCUUCUCUGUCUACCUGUCUCUCUCUCUCUCAUCAAGAACAUUUUGAGAGCUAAAGUCCAAACAAACAUGCUUAGAAAGAGAAAUCACACUCAAAAGAGAGAGAGUGAGUUUUUGAUCAUUAUAUUCUUUGUUUAACCUGUUUCUCUCACACUAUAUAUAUAACCCUUUGAAAAUUUUAUUACUACUAUUAAAGUCGGCUAUAUGAAGCUUAGAGCUUAGAUUAUUAGGUAGAACUAGCAUUGUUCCAAGUUUUAAGUGUUGAGAGAAAACGAUUAUACAAUCUAUUAAUCGAGCCGGCGGCUUAGAAUAGAAAUUCUUGCUUUUGUAUUUUAUCUGUUUUGCUUCAUCUCUCUCUUUUUUUCUUUUUUAAAUUCGCUAUUUCAGUUCCAGGUUUCACAAUAUUUAUAUAUAUAAAUUAUAUAUUAUAUGUGUUCUGCUGAGUUUUCAAAGUCAAUUUCGUUGAUGAGGGUAUCCAAUUCUGAGAUGAUUUUCUCGGAGAAAGAUCUGAAUGUUUCGGAAUUCAUGAACAGCUUCUUGGUUCGAUCAUCAUCACGUCAUCCAACGUUGGAACGACACCAGAUAAAUUGUCGUUUAAAAGAUCGUGACGGCGGCCAAGGCGUAGUAGCUGAUCAUCAUCAUCAUCAUCAUCAUCAUCAUGAAAAUGAAGAUGACGAGAUUGUGAUGAGUAAAGAGAAUAUUAAUAUUAAUAUUAAUAAUGAUAAUAAUAAUAAUAAAGAAGAUGAUGAUCGUGGUGAUAAAUUCGAGGUGUUGGUUUCUUCUCUGAAGCUCAAAAUCCCAACUCGUAAUAAUGUGGAACAAUUCAUGAUCAGAGCCGCGGAUCACGAUGAUCAAAAAAAUACAAUGAAGGGUAAUAAUAAUCGUAUUAAUUAUGAUGAUGAUAAUCAUCAUCAUAAUGAUGGGUUCAAGACUCCAACUUCAGUGGAUACCAAAAUCCCGGUGAUUCUUCCGUGCCCACCAGCGCCGAGGAAACCCAAGUCAACGAUCCAAAAGACGAAGCGAAAAGUGAAUCAGCGACCAGCUUUACUUGAUCUCACGACUGAGAUUGAAUCUUUGUUUCCUCCGACUGUUCUUGCGGAUCUUGGUGCUAAGAUUAAGAAAGUAAGACAAUCAGGAAAUGCAAAUACUAAUCUUCUAUUAUAAUAAAUAUAAGGCUUAAUUUUAGUACAUUAUAUUAUAUGUAACGUUGUGUAGUUUAAAACCAGAUCAUGAGUAUGAUCGAAUGCGUCAUUCUCCCAUGGCGUUAUUACUAUUAAUCAUAAAUGGUGUUUUUUUUUUCUUCUCAAAAUAUUUCAUCUUCUUGAUAAAUUGUCUAAAUUUUCUCA